GGCGUACUCCAUAAAAAAACUGGGGACCUCCCUUACCUGUCCUGUCUAGUCUGUCUUUCUCUUUCUUUCAAAGAUGGUUGAUUUCUUUCGUUCAGCAAUGAGUUACCUCAGUGGCGAGGGAGACGUCGGAGGAGGCAGUGGCGGUGGAAACGCUUUCGUGGGACAAACCGUUGACAUUGGAGACGGGAUGAAACUUAAAGUUAAAAAAGUUAUAGCUGAAGGUGGCUAUGGGUUUGUAUUUGUUGCUCAAGAUACAAGCACUGGAAUUGACUACGCACUAAAGAGGCAGAUAGUAGCUUCGGAAAACAUUAAAGCAAUCAAGCAAGAAAUAACAUUUUUAACUCAAUUGUCUGGUCAUCCUCAUAUAAUUAAUUUCAUUGGUGCCGCUAGUUCUAAGGAUCCAGCUGGAGGGAGUGCAGAGUUCCUUAUUGUAACUGAACUUAUUACCGGUGGUGAGCUUGUCGAUAUUGUUAACACUCGGCCUUUAAGUCCUCGUCAAGUCCUGAGGGUUUUCUAUGAAACCUGUCAAGCAAUAGCCCACAUGCACUCUCAGACCCCGCCCAUCAUACACAGGGAUAUUAAAGUUGAGAAUUUGUUGCUCACAGACAAGGGGUCUGUUAAAUUGUGCGAUUUUGGUAGUGCCACGACCCAGCGACUGACCCCUGACCACUCCUGGUCUGCUACACAGAGAGGACUCACAGAAGAUGAAAUACAGGCUAACACCACUCCAAUGUAUAGAGCACCAGAAAUGAUAGACUUAUAUUCAAAUUAUCCGAUCAACGAGAAAGGAGACAUAUGGGCAUUAGGUUGUUUAUUAUAUAAACUGUGUUUUCAAGAGCAUCCGUUUGAAGACUCAGCUAAAUUAAGAAUAUUAAACGCCAAUUACCACAUACCACCUGGAGAUAACGUUUAUAAAGAAUUUCACAAUAUCAUCAGAUCCUGUUUGGUAGUUGACCCCACCAAACGUCCUUCAGUUGACUCCAUCGUUGCUCAACUGUAUCCGAUUGCUGACAAAUUUGGAGAAAAUUUUGACAAACCACCUAAGGAGCCACUGAUUUCUGGUGUUCAGUCUCAGUCUGUCUCUGAUCCAACUGAAUCUGAUUCUUCUGGCGGAAUUAAUGCUGCAUCAGCACUUCAUGCGACGAGCCACCAGGCACAGAAACUGUUUGGUUUCAUGAAAGGUGGAGCUGAGAAUUUAUUUAAGAAUAUCAAAGACACAUCAAACAAAGUCAUCAGCAGUGUACAAAAUCCGAAACAAAAGUCAACUGACAUUACAUACGUGACCAGUCGUAUACUAGUGAUGUCCUACCCUUUUGAAGAGGGAGGGGUCGGACGUCCCAACGUCCUCAAAGAAGUCUCGGCUUAUCUUGAAGGGACACACCCCUCUCAGUACCUCGUGUUUAAUCUAUCAGGAGAACAGUACGACACUGAUCAACUCAGCGGUCAGGUUGUUGAUUAUGAGUGGCCUAAUAGAGCAAUGCCUCCAUUGGAGAGUCUGGUUGAGUUGUGUAGACAGUUAGACUCGUGGCUCAGAGCUGAUUUUAAAAACGUACUAGUAAUCCAUUGCAAGGAUGGUGUUCAUCCUUCUGGUAUAUUGGUUGUGUCUUAUCUGUUGUUUCUGAGGGCACUGCCUUCUCCUUCAUCAGCUCUCAGAUUAUUUACUGCAAGAAGAUUGCCUGAGGGACAAGGGAUGGACAUAUCUCCUUCAGACAGAAGGUAUCUCAAUUACAUGAUGGCGCUGUCACGCCCUGCCCCAUACAAACCACACCCUCAUUCUUUCAAGCUAACAGGACUCAAUCUCACUUCAGUUCCUAUCUAUAAUGAAGCAAGAAAUGGCUGCAAGCCUUUUGUUGAAGUGUUUGUUGAUGGUGAGAGAGUCCACACCUCCUGUAAUAAGGAAAACAUGGACAAACUGAAGGAAUACACGACAAAAGAUGGUCAGAUCUCAAUACCACUCAACACCACUGUCUACGGAAACCUUCUUAUCAUCGUUCAUCACAUAAAGUCGGUUCCUCUCACUAAAAGAGCAGAAAUGGGCAUGUCUGCAGUGAAGAUGUUCAAGUUUCAGAUUCAUACUGGAUUCCUCUCUACAAAAAUGACUUCACUUACUUUAGAGAAAAAUGAGUUGGAUGGUUCGGCUGUUAAAAAAACCGACAGGUUUCCGUCUUCAUUCAAAGUUCUACUCAAUUUCUCGGUCCAAGAGGCAGUACAAAACGCUGGAGUAGCAUGGCAGAAUUUACCUCAUGCUCAAGCCACGCCCAUGACCUGUUUCUCAACAAUGGAGGAACAAGGAGAUGUAUUUAAACUUUUUGGAGGCUCUAUUCAAGAAUUACAGAAAAAACCUCCAACUCAUCAAACCACGCCCCCAGUCCAGCAAACCACACCCAGUCUUGAAGGCUACGGUCAAUUAUUAGACGAGGAUUCAUCGGAACCAGCCACUGGUAACCUACUGGGUGACACUGGAGCCGCUGGUAAUCUAUUUGGAGAGACUGGAGGUACUAAUCUUGCCGAUUUUGUUGGGUAUGCUUCAUACCGUACCCCUGGCCAAUCAGGAGGGGCGGAGUCAGACAGUAGCUCUGACAGCAGUGGCUGUUCCUCUUCUUCCUCUGACAGCGAAGGAGGGGACGUACCCACGUCGUCUCCUAGGCAACCGACCGUUUCCGUCGACGACGACCUUGAGGCGUUCUUUAGUAACCCAGCAGCAAGCAACAUAGAAGAAGGAAACUUACUAGAACUGGGAAGUACUCCGCCAGUAAAGACAGCCUCUAGUAAUGUCAGUAACACUAGUAGUACUCGUCAGACUAGCUUUGGGAAUGAUCCUUUUGCUGGUUUUGAAUGGACGCAUUCCACAACCAACCAUCCACCACCUUCAACCAGUAAUAAUAGUGCUCCUGCUAGUAAUAAGGCAUCUACUAGUAGUGGGUUUGAUCCUUUUGCUCCUUCUAGCGGAGGUGCUGGGGAGGAUCUGAUGAAUCUAAUGGGGACCACUCCUUUAUUACCAACGGCUACCUCUGCUCCUACGACAAUGAGCAGUCAAACUCGUUUUUCUGGUAAUUUAGGAGCCACUAGGUCAGGAAUGUAUCCCAGCUCAUCUGGUUAUUCAGGUUGGGCUUCUUUCACUGCUACUAGUACUACGUCAAAACACGACGAGAUACCGCAAGAUAAAAGAGGAGGAGGAGGAGGAUCUAAAGCUCCUCCUUCUUCUAAGAGUUCAGACCCGUUUGGCGAUAUUUGGGGACAAGCCUCGGGUAAGUCACAGCAGCAGACGUCUCAGGCUCCACCCAAAGCCACACCUACCAAUCAACAGCAGUACAAGCCGACUAUGAGUCAUAGACCGACGUAUCAGAUGUAUGGUGGAAUGGGCGGGGCUAGUGACGGGGCCCGGGGAAACAGCGGAAAAGGAGGAGUGGGCGGGGCUAAUAGUAGCAAAAGUGGGACUGGCUUGAGACCUCCUUCAAGAGAGAACGUGACUCGAUCUCCUUCACCAACUCAAAAAUUUGGUCCAGUUCCUAAUCGCAGUAAGACCCAGUUUAAUGACCUCUUAGAUCCCGGUCUGUUCACUUCAUCGGCUAAAGAGAAGGAAGGACCGACUUCUCUGAAGGACAUGAGAAAGAAAGUUGAUGUCAUCACUGAUCCCGAGAGAGCAAAAGUUGCUGAUUGGGCUGAAGGCAAAGAGCACAACAUUCGUGCAUUGAUAAGCUCACUCCACACCAUUCUCUGGGAGGGAGAGAGGAGAUGGAAAAAGGUGGGCAUGCACGAGCUAGUAGAAGCAGACCAGGUCAGUAAGUAUUUUAGGAAAGCAUGUCUCUCUGUUCAUCCGGAUAAAGUUGAUGAAUCCAAUGCUAAUCUAGCUCGUGCUAUUUUUGAUGAGUUGAACGAUGCUUAUGAACUGUUUGAACAAAGUGGAGCUAAAUCCCUUUAUUAAUGAACUAUAACAGCAACAAACUGUUUAUAAUUUUACUGUCAAUUAUUAUUAUUAUUGUUAUUAUUAUUAUUAAUUUAUGUUAUUAUUUUUAUUUUAUGGUAGACUUAUUCUUGACACAA